AUUGGUUCGAUUUUGACUGAUCUAGAAAUCGAACUCGGGGUAAAGUUCAUAGUUUUUCUUCCUUUUUUUUAAAUUUAUAAUAUCUAAGCAGUUAUAAAAAAUGCCGCACUUUAGGAUUGAAACAAAUGUUCCCAAAAGCAAAAUUCCUCAGGAUUUUUUUACGAAAGCAGUGCCAGUUCUUGCUAGAGCACUGGGUAAACCUGAACAGUAUUGCGUAGUCUCCGUUAUUCCUGACGUACCAAUGAGUUUUGCUGGUAGUACGGACCCAUGUGCUAUAGCUAACUUGAUGUCUAUUGGAUCCCUUGGAGUUGAACAAAAUAAGAAGCAUGCCAAAGUUUUAUUUGAACUGGUUGAAAAGGAGUUAGGUGUUCCUCAAGACAGAAUGUACAUCACUUUCCAAGAUGAACCUACAGGCAAUGUUGGCUUCAAAGGCACUACUUUCCACUCUUUGUUUGGCUAAAAUUCACUAAUUAGUAUUAAGCAUAACAUGUUUCCUACUACAUUAAAAUUGACCUAAAUCAUUAUCAUUAUGAAACAAUUUAUCUUUAUUUUAAUCACCUUGUUAUUAUUUGUAUGGUAAAAACCUGUUUUAAAAG